AUGCGUCGCGUCCGAGUGUCCUCCCAGCAGGCCCCCGUCCACAAGCUCGGCGACGCCCAGAUGAAGCUCACGCCCAGGUUCCGCCUCGCCGCCACCUCCGCUCCGCCGUCGCCGUCGCCGGCCUCAGACCCGGAACAGCAGCAGCAGCAGGAGCCAUCCUCGUGGGAGGAGGAGGCGCCGCUGAUCCCGGGCCUGCCCGACGACGCCGCGCUCAACUGCCUGCUCCGCCUGCCCGUGUCGGCCCACGACGCGUGCAGGCUGGUGUGCCGCCGCUGGCGCGUUCUCCUCGCCGACAAGGCCCGGUUCUUCGCGCAGCGGAGGCAGCUGGGCAUCCGGACGCCCUGGCUCUUCACGCUGGCGUUCCACCGCUGCACGGGCAAGAUCCAGUGGAAGGUGCUGGACCUGGGCCACCUCACCUGGCACGCCAUCCCGGCCAUGCCGUGCCGCGACAGGGCCUGCCCACGCGGGUUCGGCUGCGUCGCCAUCCCCAGCGCCGGCGCGCUCCUCGUCUGCGGCGGCCUCGUCUCCGACAUGGACUGUCCGCUGCACCUCGUGCUCAAGUAUGACAUUUAUAAAAACAGGUGGACCGUCAUGACACGGAUGCUCACUGCCCGGUCCUUCUUCGCCGGCGGCGUGAUUGAUGGCCGGGUUUAUGUCGCUGGAGGGUAUAGCGCGGACCAGUUUGAGCUCAAUUCAGCUGAGGUUCUUGAUCCUGAGAAGGGUGUUUGGCAGCCCAUUGCUAGUAUGGGGAUGAACAUGGCGUCGUCCGACUCUGCGGUCAUCGGCGGUAGGCUCUAUGUCACCGAAGGAUGUGCUUGGCCGUUCUUCUCGUCACCGAGAGGCCAAGUGUAUGACCCGAAAGUCGACCGGUGGGAGGCGAUGCCAGUUGGAAUGCGUGAAGGGUGGACGGGGCUAAGCGUGGUCAUUGAGGGGCGCCUGUUUGUGAUUUCAGAGUAUGAGAGGAUGAAGGUUAAGAUCUAUGAUCCGGAGACGGAUUCAUGGGACUCGGUCAGCGGCCCUCCGAUGCCCGAGCGGAUUAUGAAGCCCUUCUCGGUCAGUUGUCUCGACAGCAAGAUCGUCGUCGUUGGACGAGGUCUCCACGUCGUGAUUGGCCAUGUUCAGAAGGAACCUGCUGUCGAUCCAGAUAGUAGGGGUUCGGGCUACUCCAUUCACUGGCAAGAUGUGGACGUCCCUAAGGAAUUCAGCGAUCUGACACCUUCAAGCAGCCAGAUUCUGCAUGCUUAG